AUGGCAACGAGAGCAACCAUGCGCACGCUGUUCCUGCUAACCUUGGCGCUGCUUUUGACAUUGGCGCAAGGGCAGUCAAUCUCGCAACCACAGCCGACGCUGCCGGUGCAGAGCUACUCCGACGACCCGGUGGUGCUCAGCACGCUGCUGUGCUCGCUCAACACGGAUGGUGGGCACGGCAUCGGCCCGCUCACCCCGCAAUCGGCGUGCAUGUCGAUGACGCUUCAACCACACGCGACGAGCAGUGUUAACGCCCAGACGCUGCCACCCUCGGGUAUCGUCACCAUCUUCGAACCCUCCUCCACCGCCUCCGUCUCCUCCGCUUCCUCGACCACGACAACAAGCGCGGCGAGCGCGACCAGCGCAUCCACAACAACGAACGCAGGAGCUGCAAGUGCAACGACUGAAGCACCAAGACAAACCAAUGCAGGGCAGAACAAUAGUCCACCCGCCGUAGCCGUCGCCAUCGCAAAGUACAACAUUGGUCUACUGCUUUUUACGGGCUUCGCGCUGUUGGCCGGGGUGACAUACUUCUUGGACGAGCUACUGGGCUAUUUGCUCUGA